CGCUCGUAUCUAAACUUAUUAUUUCACAUUUCAUUAUUAUAGAAUUACUCUCUCUCUCUAAAAAGGCCAGGGCGAUUCUCGUAUUGCGUAGUAGUUGAAACUUUCUCCUUUCGCUUUUGCUUGCCAGACCACAGAGAAAGAAUCGGGAGGUUGUGAAAGGCAGGCAGAGAAGCGCCAACGCGGGAUCAUUGUCUUCAUCGUCGUAAGAAAUAAAAGUAUUCAUGGAUCAAUCUUCUGGUAAAAGAGGAGCAGGAGGGAGUCUGAUUCCCAGAAAGAAUUACAGUACAACAGCUUUCAAAGAAGCAGUUACUCAAGGGGAUGACAAUGGUCAAUUUUGCAACCGAAUUGGAUGCAGUGGAAGAGUUAAGUUUGGUCAGAAUGCUAGAGUCGGAAUCUCAGAUUCAAGCAAAUAUUCUAAGUCUUCUUUUCGCUCUUCAAGUGGAACUGAAGUUACUGGGAAGACCAGAAGCAAUUCCACCAUGACCAAUGCGAAAAGGUCAUGCCUCGAUUCAAAGAGAAAAGUAUCUUCUCAAGUGACAUCUGAUCCAUUGGAGACUAGUUUAUCUACUGAGUGCAAAGCUCAAAGGAUUGUGACUACAAAAAGUAAUCUACGUGGAUAUAAGUCAGUAUCAAUGACUAAAUCUAAAGAGGUUAAUAUGACUGAAGCUGGUAGUUCUAGUGCGUCAACUAGUGUUGGUCAUCAAAAAACGUUUCGUUGCAAAUCUGGAUCAAACAACCAAAGUACUUCACCAUCUUCCCCUGUUCUGUCAGCUUCUAGGAGCUCUGCACGAGGACCAUUUAAUAGGAUCAAUGGGAACAGGUAUGGUUUACAGAAUCUGAGAUGCAAUUCUAUAUCGGAUGCUAUGCCACCUAGUUGUUCACAAGCAGAAUCAGCAUCUGCAAGGAAGAACUUAAUUAAAAAGAGAAGUUUGGAAGGAGAAACCAGUUCAUCUUGUAGGGGGAGAAAGAAUGCGGCUUCAGCAAGCGUAGACAGGCAUACCUCCACGACAAUGAGUGGCAUUUCCAUCUCUGAUUUAGCAUAUAGUACUUCUGCUUCUGUAGAGGAUAGCAGUGUCUCUAGUUCUUCUCGGAACCGGAGAUCAACAAAUCUAAAUGCUAGAAUGAGGCUUUCCAGUCGACUAGAUGGAAUAAAUGGUUUGUCUGUUAGGGAACCCCCUGUGAGUUUCUCUAGAAUUGAUUGUGAGACACCUUUUGAUGUUGGUGAUGGGAGUACCUUACAGCAGUUUUCAGUAAGUGGCUCAAGAGCUCACCGCGAUAAUUCAUCUUCAAGAACGUCUUUUGCCUCUGAUGAAUCUGGAUUAGCACAGUUAAUGAAUCAUGAUGUGUUACGCCAGUUUAACAUGGAUGGAAUUGCUGAGGUAUUAAUGGCUCUUGAGAGAAUCGAACAAGAUGAAGACUUUACACAUGAGCAAAUACUUGCACUGGAGACCAGAUUGUUCCUCAGUGGCCUCAACCUCUACGACCAACACAGAGACAUGAGACUGGAUAUUGAUAACAUGUCAUAUGAGGAAUUGUUAGCUCUAGAAGAAAGGAUGGGUACAGUGAGCACUGCUCUCUCAGAAGAGGCUUUGUCAAAGUGCCUGACGAGAAGCGUAUAUGAGGCAACCACAUCAAAAGUAGAUUCCACAGACUCGGGCGAUGAGGGUGAUGACAUCAAAUGCAGUAUUUGCCAGGAUGAGUAUGUCACCGGAGAUGAGAUUGGGAGCUUGGUCGAAUGCCAGCAUGGUUUUCACGCAACAUGCAUAAACCAGUGGCUGCAGGUGAAGAACUGGUGCCCCAUCUGCAAGGCUUCGGCUGCGCCAUCACAAUCAUCUUCGUCGUUGUGAAAGAGUCCCGUUUAUACAGACAAAAGAACCGAAGGUGGAUUCGCACCAGUGUUCAUUGUAGUUGAAUUUUUCUCCCACAUAUCAGGUACAUUUCUUGAUUUUUUUUUCUCUUAACGUGGUGUUUUGUUUUCCUUCAUGUACAUAAUCUUCAGAUUGGUGAAAGUAUUCAAGCUCUCCAGUGUAAACUGUGAGAACUGAAAGUGAACAGAUACUGGGAUUUCUGAAUUCCUCUCUUAUCGAUUUAUCGUUUUUUUGGCACCGAAAAAACCCAAUAAAUUUACCGCAUAUACGAAAUAUUAUUGGAUCAAA